AUGGAAGCCAAUUGGAUUACAAAGCAAGUAACAAAAUAUAUUGUUAUUAAUGAAAAAUUGAGUUGUGAAGCAUUUGGUUGUUUAUAUAAAGGUUUCUACAAAGAUGAUGAAACCAAACUAAUCGCUGUAAAGAUGGUCAAAAUAGCCGUAACUUUAUCAUAAGCAAGACCUUCUAGGUGUUUGGUGAAAAUCCAAAGCUUCUUGAAUUGUUUAAAUAAGAAAUUGCAAUCCUUUAAAAAAUCAAUCAUCCAAAUAUUAUAAGAAUGAU